UGUGGGGGGCUAUAUAAUAUAUGGAUUGAUCGUAUCAGUGGGACUGUGUUUGGAACCUCACAUGCGUAAGCAGCUAUGGCCGGGGUGCUGCUCAGGAAUAUACGGUUUUGCCCGGCAGCAUUAAAGUUCCGACCAAAGACAACUUACGUUGUGUUGUUGCCAGAGAGCCCAAUCGACACCCCUGAAGAUAAUGCCUUGCUUCGUACUGAUGGCUUGCCGCAGUUUGACCAGUUAACUCCUGAGAAAUGUUGGACUGGGAUUGGCAAGCUAGCAUUAGAGUAUGAAUCCAGAGUUUGGGCUGUGGAAGAGAAGGCUCGUAACCCAAAAGAACCAAAAACAUUUGAUAGUAUUGUAGGAGAACUGGACCAUUUGGAGUCUCCAUUAAACUCUGCUUGGAGUAAUGUAAAAAUAUUAUACACAGUUAAAAAUCAUGAAAUGAAUACAAAUGCCUAUCUCAAGAUUCAUGAGCGAGCACGGAAAGCCAGAGUUCACAAGUUUCAGAGCCGUCCUAUCUAUGAAGCAUGUAAGGAAAUAUAUGCAAAAGACAGCAGCCUAAAUGUUGCUCAGAAGCGAGUUAUCCGUAAAUUCCUUCUUGAAGCACGACUUAAUGGGAUUGAACUUCCUCCAGAAAAGAAUGCUAUUUUUACAAAUAAGCUCAAAAUGUUAGAGGUGGAAAAAUCUGAAUUCAGGAGAAAAGUACUUGAAUCUUCCAGUAAAUUUUCCCAUAAAAUACAAAAUUCAAGUAUCGUGAAAGAUUUUCCGGAUACACUGUUGAAAAAUAUGGCUGUGGAUCGGUCUCGGUUUAAAGAAGGUCCAUGGACCGUCACUUUUCAGCCGCAUGUUUAUGAUAGCUUUUUAGAGCACUGCCCUUCGACUGAAUUGCGUCGCAACACUUAUCGGGCCUAUAACAUGAGAGCUUCAAACCAUAUUAGCCAAGAUGUUAGCAAUAGUACUCAUAUUGAGGAAAUUAGAUCUCUCAGGAGAGAGCAAGCACGUAUUCUUGGCUAUGAAAACUUUGCCCAAAUGUCUAUGGAAACAAAAAUGGCUGGAAGUGUGGAGAAUGUUACCUCCAUGAUCACAAGCCUGCUAGCUAAAGCAAAGAAGGCUCAGAAAAAGGAAAUUGCUUCACUGCAAGCAUUUGCCGAGAGCCAAGGCUUUGAUCUUCAGCUGGAGGCCUGGGAUGUUGACUAUUGGAAAAGAAAACAGAUGCAUUAUUUAUACAAUUGUGAUGACAUUAAUCUACAAGAGUAUUUCCCCUUUGACCAUGUUUUUGUCGGCCUUCUUGAAAUCUGCUCAGAACUUUUUGGGAUUUCCUUCGAAGAGAUAUCAAGUGACCAAAUUUCCACGUGGCACCCAGAUGUUCGGUUUUUCAAUAUCUUGGACCAUACAGGAGACUACAUCUCAUCAUUUUAUUUGGAUCCCUUCCAGAGACCUGGUGAAAAACUCCAUACUCAACUGGAUUCUGCUUGGAGUCUAGGCUGCCGGAGCCGAUCGGAUAUUGCAAAAACUUCGCCUAUAGCUUGUUUGGUGUUCAAUUUUACUCCUCCAUUCUCAGAAGAGCAGCAGUCUUUACUUAGUUUCUCUGAUGUUAGCCUUCUCUUUCAGAAAUUUGGUACUGCACUUCAGCAUCUUCUGACAACAGUUCCUUACAGUGAAGCCUCUGGGUUAACAAAUAUUGAAUGGGAUGCUGUGGAAGUGUGUUCGCAUUUUAUGCAGAACUGGCUGAAUGAACCUAGUAUUCUGCAACGAAUCAGUCGGCAUUAUGACUCUGGUCUUCCACUAAGCAGAACGACUAUUGAAAACCUUAUUGCCAGUCAGAACCACAUGGCCGGUUACAGUCUCUGCUCUGAACUCUAUCUUGCCCAUCUUGACAUGCAGCUUUACACAAGUGAGGAUUACUGGCUGGACAUUACCCGGGACUUAUGGAAAACGUACCGACCGUUUGUAUUGGACAAAUAUGAUGCACACCUUUGCACCAACACAGCGAUCAUGGCCGACAUUUGGGCUGCUGCAUAUUAUUCUCACCUCUGGUCACGCAUGAUAGCAGCUGAUGCCUUCCAGGCUUUCAGAGAGACAGCAGAAGAUGUCUCUGAAGUUGGUGCUCGGUUCCGUUCAACAUUCCUAUCCUUGGGAGGAGGCUGUCAUCCAAGUGAAGUGUUCCGCAGCUUCAGAGGCCGAGACCCAUCUCCAGAUGCUCUUCAUGUUUUGUGUGGACUCAGCCAACAAAAAAACAAACCCCCCACUGAUUAGUUAAGGACAAUGACAAACCACAAGCAUGGAUUUUGAGAUGAGUUUCUAACUGUAUAGCUGUACAGUAAUUCUGCUUGAUGCAACAAAUUGUUUAACUUCAAGUUUUCCAGCAUGUCUUACACCCAUUCAGCAGUGAUUAUUGGAAAAGGGGGAAAGCUGUUUUCAGGAAAACUUGAAUGUCAUGAGUCCUGUUUAAAGUACAUUUCAUUGAGGAAUGACAGUGGCACGGCAUGGAAUUAAUUUCAUAUUUAUGUUUAGAGGACGAUUCCCAAACAGUAUCACUCCCAAGCACAGCUUGCCAGUAGCUGAUUUUUAAUAGAAACAUGAAAUUGUUAAGCCAUUUAGAAAGUGCCUCUGUACCCAGGCUCAACUCGCAGCUCCAAACAAUAGGUCUUACUUGGCAGCGUGCAACUCGUUGCAUCAAAACAAUAAACCGAUUGUUAUGAAUUUGGUAAAUGUAUUCGAAUGUCACAGUAAGAAGGGGUAAGUAGGCAUAGCCCAUUUUUUUCUUCUGUAAGAAAACUGUAUUUUGAUUAAAAUAUGCCUUCAAGUAUAUAUUUUUCAUCAGAGCUUUUGGGAUACUUAAUGAUACAAUUCUGAUAAUUGUAAUCAAUUUGGAGUAAUAUCGUUUUAAAAAAUAUUCGCGAAAAAACUAAACCUGCAGACUACAACCAAAUGUAUGCGUUUGAGAAAUAGGUAAAUCAGACUGUAAACUGUCUUACAGUAAACUGUGUUUGGACAAAGUAGAGAGGCUACUUGUUUGCUGUGUAUUUAUCGCUGCUUACCAUACUUUAUUGCCGGGUAAAUAUGGCGGCUUGGGAGAAGUUACAGUAAAGAGUAACUUUAGUACAAGAUGAAGUAAUAUUCGCUUUAUCUGACAGGCAGGUGCUGUUCACUCGGUGCCUCAUUUUUUUGGAUUUCCAUUAUGGCGUUCCUUCAUCUUAUUUCUUUUCCUGUAUUGGUAUCUUGAAUGAUAUGAGAACUCUUGAAUAUUCUGUAACACAGGCCGUGCCAUAUAGCCAUCUGGGCUUAACAUUUUCUUUUGAUGAUUUAUUAAUUUUCCCUUUUAAAAUUCCAAGAGCAUUUAAGAAAAAUAUGGGAACCAAAUGUGUAAAUCUGCAUCUGGUUAAAAUUGGGCAUUAAGAACUUACAAGAGGUAAUUAUGUUCAGUAUAAUGGAUGUGAUAAGUAAAGUAUGUGUAGAUGUGUAUGCAUUUGGGCAGUAAAGUUGCAGUUUUCCUCAGCCAUAGAAACACUUCUGCUGAAGAUUUCAAAAAUGAAUGUAUCUCUGGAUGGAAUAACAGCAAAAACAACUUGUGUUUAUAUUGAUUCAGUCUCCAUGUGGUUUUUAUUUGUCCCCUUUAGACUUAAAGCAAAAAAUUCACGCUUGAGGCAUAUACAUGCCUAAGCUAUUGCCCUAAUCAUUCUUAUUACUUCCUAAAGCCAAAUGAUGACUGAUUCACCUCUAACAGCCAAAAUUAGUAGAUACAGGUCCUUAUUGAAGCCCAUACAUAGCCUUCCUGGUUUGGUGCCUUCUUUUGAUAAUUACUUAUUGAAGCCCAAUACAUGUUUACAAGGAGGUAGGACUCCACAAAGUCACUUCCUCAAUAAAGGUCACUGUUAAAAGAAGAAAAAAUUUGAAAGAGAGAGUGGAUACCAAACUGUAUAAAGUGUGAAUAUAGGAAGGUUUGAGUAAUGGAAACAAAUUGGAGAAAUUAAAAGCCGGGUAAAUGAGAGUGCCAGAGAAUUUUUUACUUGCCAUUCUACAGAAUGUAACUGAUCAUAAAAUUGGCAAAGUUGUUAUUGCAAUGACAAGCACUGGAUAGAAUAAAGUCCUUUUUUAUCUGGUAUUUUUGUUGUUGUCUACCUUGUGUUGGUUCUGGGGAUCAAUGUCCCUGUGGCCCAGUCUCUAACCAGGCCUGCUGGUUGGUGGUCUGGUCAACCAGGCUGUUAGAAGUUGUUAUUUGCAGCAGUUAUAAUGUUUUAAAUUUUCAAGAGAUUACAAAUCAAAUCAUGUACUGUAUCUAUAGUACUGUACUGCAUUCUGUAAAAUAUUUGUAGCAAAUUGAUAGAAUACAUUUUUAUUGUGCAAAGAUUAUCAUGGGUAAAACUGUGUAUAAUGUAUUUGUGUUUAUAUGAUUUCAUUGUAUAUAGAAUUUUGUAUAAAUAAUUUAGCAAUAAAUUAGUAUUUCACUAA